GCCUACAUGCAGUUCUACGAUGCUUUUGCUCAUUAUUUCUCUUCGGGAGGUGGCAAAGAUGCGGAAUCAGCAGAUGUGGAGACGGAGCCGGAGGACGUGGUUGAGGUCCGAGAGUUUAUGUCAGCAGACUGCGACGGGCCACCCGCGCGACUGUGGCAUGUGGCGCUCUCCCCCUCCGGCCAUGCACAGUGUUUGGCUCUGAGGCCUCAGAUGCAGAGACCCGGCCAGUCGGGCCGCGAAGGUGAAAGUACGGCACCUAUGAUGUAUGGGCGAGUGUCAUGCGACAUGCUACGGCAUGCAGAAGGCGGUUUCGUGGAUCUAUGCUCAGAUGACGAAUGCAGCGAGCCAGGCUGCCAAAGAUUUGGGAUCGUGCCGGAGG